AUACGACACGAAGCCGCCCACCAUGUCGACAUCCAAGGUCAAGGCUGGUCAGCUCUGGGGAAAGAGCAAGGAUGACCUCUCCAAGCAGCUGGAGGAGUUGAAGACCGAGCUGAACACUCUCCGUGUCCAGAAGAUCACUGGCGGCGCCUCGUCCAAGACUCACAGAAUCCACGACGUCCGCAAGUCGAUCGCUCGCGUUCUCACCGUCAUCAACGCCAACCAGCGCGCUCAGCUCCGUCUGUUCUACAAGAACAAGAAGUACCUUCCUCUUGACCUCCGCCCCAAGCUCACCCGUGAGCUCCGCCGCCGUCUCACCAAGCACGAGUCUACCGUGCAGACGGAGCGCAAGAGAAAGCAGCAGAUCCACUUCCCCCAGCGGAAGUACGCCAUCAAGGCUUAAAUGGAUUCCCGGGGCCUGCUGCUGUGGAUCUGAUCUGGAUGGAGUUAUGGGAACGUCGUUUAUCAAGAUGACGGGUUGACCUAUACCUUACGGGGGAAUACGGGUCGGUUUCAUCGAAAAAACGUUUCUUUAUUUUUUGGAGAAAAUUGAUCAUGUACCUUAGAGAUGAAAGGAUGCAAGGUCGACAUAAAU